CUCAUGUGGGAGAAUUGGUUUCCAUAUCAGAUGCUAUCUCCAGUUACGUCUCUGGAGGCUUGACACAGCCGCCUGUGACACAUUUACUUUUGACACCGAGCGCCAUUAUUGUUUAACCCGCUAACCUACUGUUUGCCAGCUAACAUUAAUUAUGCCGGGUCUUACAAGGAGAAACGACCCGCCUCCGACUAAAACCAUAAUUGUCUACAGGAAUGGAGACGCUUUCUUUGCCGGGAAGAAAAUAGUUGUGAAUCCACGACAGGUGACAACCUUUGAUCAUUUUUUGGCCUCCUUGACCAAAGGGAUUGAGGCUCCGUUUGGCGCCGUCAGGAAGCUGUACACUCACAGGGAGGGCCACAGGCUUCAGCGCUUGGACGACUUGAAGCACGGCGGUGUGUAUGUUGCGGCUGGAAAUGAGCAGUUCAAGAAGCUGGACUACUGUGAGAUAACACAGAAGAAGCCGCAGAAUAAGAAAAAAGAACAGAUCCAACCUGUUGUUCACAGUAAAAUAAUAGUUUCUGCACGCUGGAGGAGAGCUAUUGAUGAGUCCUGCACAAUAAAUGUCUUUACCAACGGAGAGAUCUUGGUACCGCCGGCUCGAAUCCGGAUCCCAAAGUACACUCUUCGAAGCUGGGAGAAAGUUUUAACCAUGGUGACAGAUAAGGUGCAUCUUCCCACUGGUGCUGUGUACAGGCUUCACACACUAGAGGGACGUCCUGUCUGUGGUCCCACUCAGCUGGAGAACAACCAGCACUACGUUGCUGUGGGUGCAGGAAAGUUUAAAGCUCUCCCAUAUGAGCACUGCAUCCCCUUCAGGGAUUUAAUCAGGGAAAAGAACAUGCUGGAAAGCCGAGACAUCCUGCCUGCCAUCCGAAAGACAAGACGAGCGAAGGAUGUGUUUGCUCGUACGGGCUUUGGAGAGGACCUUGAGCACACAGCCAGGGGCCAGAUGAAGAAACACACAGCCAAGCUGGAGAGAACCAAACAACAGAGGCAGGUGUCCAGAAACCCAGUUCUCUUCUCGACGGGGGAGGGCAGUGUGUUCAACGCGCAAAACAGCAGAAGCGAGCUGGCUGGAGCGGCGGAGGUGCAGGAGGACCGCAGGCUCAAGGUGGACCUGCCGAUUGAUCAGGUUGAGGCCAAGAUAGUUGACGAGGAUGAGAGUUGCUGUGCGAGUCCCUGCAAGGCCUCCCUCCAUGAUUCAGACGGCUCGAGUCGGCAGAGGUCUUUGUCUUCAGGUUCCAGGAAGGAUGAGGCUAAGGAGAGGGAGGUGGGUUCCAGGCUUUGCAGGAUACGGUCACGGAUGUCCCAGUUUUUCAAGGAAAGACAUAAACAAUAGCAUUCAUUGCUUUGACCCGCAUGACAUUCAUUUAAAAGGAGAAGAGCAAGCGAUAUCCUCGGGGAUGACUUCACACUGAGGGGAGAGCGAGAGCCUUUGUUCACUACGGCAAAGUCGGAGGCAAAUGUAUGCUUUUUCUUCUCCUUCAUUGUACACAUGUCAUGAAAGGCCUUCGAAAAAAAGGGACGGCCGCUCCCAGCAGCCAUAAGUUUCCACAUUUACAUGGCGGAGAACUAAUAACUUCCAAAGACGGCGUGUCGAAAAAUCAGCCAUUGUGAUGCGAGAGAGGCGCCUGCGUGUGAUCUCCCCCUGCACUCGAGACGACAGGCCCUGUGAAGUGCACCACUGCCCAGUUACACAUUAGCUUUGAUUGCCAGUUUGUUCUGCGCAUAGCCCGUAGCUUUGAACUGCGUCUGCAGAUGAAAGCCAACCUUGUCCACAGUGUGGCCGCUGUAGACCGCUGCUGUUGCUUAUUUGCUUCAGGCACCAUCAAGGGCUUUGGGACUAUUUUUUUUUCUUUUACUCCUAUAGUUCUGUACCACGCUGUAUUGAGCAUUAUGUAUAAUUUAUUAUACAAUACAUCCCUGACACAGCACCCCGUCUGGACUCCAUUGUAAUCUAAUGCCUCUCCUUUUUCUUUCUGCAUGUUGUGUUGAGUGCGGCCAAUGUAUGAGACCACUAAGGUAUGUCUUUGUUGUGUCCAGCAGAUAUACUUUGAUACUAGUGGUUCCCAUGGUGAGGGCAUCGCCACUCAUUGCUUAUCUCUUCCUUUCUCUCCCCCCUUCCCUCCCUCCCUCCCUCCCUCUCUCCUUCUCUUCCCUCUAAGAGUGGCAACCAUAGAACGCAGUGUCAGACUGCUAAGGACCAGACGUCCUCGCUCUCCUCUGUCUCCAGCAGCCAGCUGCUCAUGUAUAAGAUGAAACAGUGUUAUAAACCAAAUAAAAAUGUCUUGCCUCUUGACA